AUGAAUGAAGUGCAGCAGGUGCCCUACUCUUCUGUGCUGCGAAUCCACUGUGGCACAGAUGUCCCCCUCACCGGUGUGUUCUGCACUCUUGAUCCAGUUUCGGGAAACGUUGUCCUCUGUUCCCUUCCUGACGACACCAAAGCCGGCUCUGAGACUAUUUCCGUCAUAUCGGGCUGGUCCAUCACCAAAGUCGAGGUACUUUCCUUUGCCUUUGUAGGGACCCUCUUCUCCUUUCGUACGUAA